AUGCAGAGGGACCAACAGUUUGACCCCAACAAGGCAGCUCCCCCCUUUGCAAAUCAAGUGGGUAAUAAUUACAUGCAUAUUCCAGUUGCAUCUGCGCGUGGGGCAGUUUUACCUCAUGAGGCAAAGCACAUCAAACCUUUCCAUGGUGUUGAAUUUCAAACCUCUGACAUUUGCCCGAAGAAUUUCAUUAUCUUCGACCAGACUGAUCAUCGAAGUCAGAUAAUGUUCAAUCCUGCAAUUGCCCACAAAAUUACUGGUCCUGCCUUUAACAUCUGUGCAGCUUACAUCCAAGACAAUCUGGGAUUGAAUGAGGGAAAUAAUGAGGAUAGAGAAACAUCCUCUUCUCUGAAGGAGGACUCAGAUGAUAUUGAUGCAUUGUUGAGCUUGGAAGAGGAAGAGCUGGAAGAAUAUGACGAGGAAGAGGUCAGUACAGCACGAACUCAUGGAAAUUAUGGGAGCAUGUCCCCUGAUUCUUGCUCCAAUUAUGGUUUGAAAACCAAGAAGAAUAGGCAAUGCUCUUCACUUGGAAAAUCUUCUGGCAUUGGUAGCAGCAGCUGCAACAGUGAAAGGAAGCGACAGAAAAUGAAGAAGAUGGUGAGGGUGCUGAGAGGGAUUGUACCCGGUGGGAAUGAAAUGAACACUGUCGAUGUUCUAGAUGAAGCUGUGCAAUACUUGAAGUCUCUCAAGGUUGAGCUGCAGCACCUUGGAGUUGAGAAUUUGAAUGACUAA